UGACACCACAACAAUUAUUGAUGCAAUAACAAUUUUGGACUCCACAACAGUAUCAUCAACAUUCUCAGCUGCAGCAAAAAUGUUGACAUCUGAUGCAGCAACCAAAACGAUGCAUGACACCACCACAGCUCCUGAUGCAAUAACAUCUUUGGCUUCCACAACCAACCAUCCAGCAUCCUCAACUGAAGCAUCAACAUCAGCAACCACAACUGUGCCAGAGACUGCAACAACUAUUGAUGCAACAACAACUAUAGCUUCCACAACCACCCCUCCAACAUCUGCAGUACCAACACCAACAACUGUAGCACCAGUGUCAACAACAGAUGAUGCAACAUCCAUUAUGCCUAACACCACAAAAACUACUGAUGCAAAAACAGCUUUGGCUUCCACAACAAAUCCUCCAGCAUCCUCAACUGUGGCACAAAUGUUGACAACUGAUGCAGCAACAACAACCAUGCCUGACACCACAAAAACUAUUGAUGCAGAAACAACUUUGGCUUCCACAACCACCCCUCCAACAUCCUCAACUGUGGCACCAAUGUCAACAACAAAUGUUGCAUCAACCACAAGUAUGCUUGACACCACAGGAACUACUGAAGCAAAAACAAAUUUGGCUUCCACAACCACCCCUCCAACAUCCUCAACUGUGGCACCAAUGUCAACAACAAAUGUUGCAUCAACCACAAGUAUGCUUGACACCACAGGAACUACUGAUGCAAAAACAAAUUUGGCUUCCAAAACCACCCCUCCAACAUCCUCAACUGCAGUACCAAUGUCAACAACAAAUGUUGCAUCAACCACAACUAUGCCUAACACCACAACAAAUAUUUACACAGCAGCAACUUUGGCUUCCACAACCACCCAUCCAACAUCCUCAACUGUGGCACCAAUGUCAACAACAAAUGAUGCAUCAACCACAAGUAUGCUUGACACCACAGGAACUACUGAUUAUGCUUGA